AUGUCUGCCGACGAGGACCAGGUCUCUCUGUCUGUCCCCGGCUCUUCGACCGAGUUCGACGCCGCGCAGAGCUCCUCGGCAGCAGCCGCCACCGAUGACGUCGCCCAGUCGUCUUCGGCCGCGGCCGACGGCGCAGAUGGCGAGGCCAUGGACGAGGAGGCAGAGAUCGAGGCCAUGAAGAAGCGCGUGGCAGAGAUGGAGGCCGAGGCUGCAAAGCUCAGAGAGAUGCAAGAGGCAGCCGGCGCCGCGGCGGGCGCAGGCAUCCACCCCACCGAAGAGGAAAAGGAAGAGGUCGACUCCAGAAGUGUCUACGUCGGAAACGUCGACUACGGCGCGACACCAGAAGAGAUCCAGCAACACUUCCAGAGCUGCGGCACAAUCAACCGUGUCACGAUCCUCUGCGACAAGUUCACCGGUCAUCCCAAGGGCUAUGCGUACGUCGAAUUCGCCGAUCCUUCGUUGGUCGCCAACGCCAUGGUCCUCAACGAGUCCCUCUUCCGCGGCCGCUUGAUCAAGGUCACGGCGAAGCGGACAAACCUGCCCGGCAUGGCUGCGCGCGGCCGGGGAAGGGGGCGAGGCUACCGACCCUACCGAGCCCGCGGCUUUCGUGGAAGGGGCCGUGGCCGCGGAUACUAG